GGGGGUACAAUCGAAAAAUUACAUUGAAUGGGUUAUCCUGACCGUCCGAUUUGUGACCAUCAACUGAAUAGUCAAAACGAAAAAUAGUCGACAGUCCAAUUUAACAAACAAUACCCAUCAAACGAGUGUUCGAUCGGCCCAAUUUUCAGGCCAUGGCAAAUUCAUGAUGGAGCCUGCUAGAUAAGCGGCUGGAUCUUCUACACGAAUGCCAUGACCCACGUGACUGAUGUGAAAAUGACCAAACCACCCUUAUCUUUCUGAACCAAAUUACCAAAAAGCCCUUUAUCUACUUCAAAUAAAAACCGUUGCAAGCUCUGAUGUUUUUGAAGUCUCUCCAAACACGUCAUCAGCUGAUGGAACCUACGGCUCCCCUUCUUCCCAACCCAAGUCCCAUUCCCUCGAAAACCCACAACGCAAAACAUUCUCCCUCUUUUCAAUUCCAUCGUCAGAAACGUUCAAUUCCACUCCCCACCCUCUUCAAAACAACCCGAUCUUGUCCCUCAAUCCAAACCCACCAAAACCCACCCAAAAACCUCACAAAAACCCAAAGAUUCAAAGAGAGAGAUGUAUUCCCCCAAUCCCUACCCCUCCACAGCAAAAACCCACAUGUCGUUUACAAAGACAUCCAGAAAUUUGCAAGACAAGGGCGCCUCAAAGAGGCUCUCACCAUCUUAGACUACUUGGAGAAGGAAGGCAUCCCAGUCAAUCCCACCACUUUCUCUUCCCUCCUCUUUGCAUGUGUCCGAUCAAAAUCGCUGAUCCAGGGCAAGCAGAUCCAUGUCCACAUCCGCAUCAAUGGCCUCGAGAAGAAUGAGUUCCUCUGCACGAAGCUUGUCCAAAUGUACACUGCUUGUGGGUCCUUCGAAGAUGCAAAACGGGUAUUCGAUGAAAUCCAACAGCGAAGUGUCUACCCAUGGAAUGCAUUGCUCAGAGGCAAUGUGAUUGAGGGUGGGAUGACACAGCGUCGUGACACUCUCUCAAUCUACUCGAGAAUGCGGGAAUUGGGUGUGGAUUUGAAUGAAUACACAUUCUCUUGCUUGAUCAAGAGUUUUGCUGGGUCCCCCACGCUCGGGCAAGGGAUGAAAGCGCAUGCCCUCUUGAUCAAGUAUGGGUUCAUUGGAUCUGUCUUGCUCAAGACUAGUUUGAUAGAUAUGUACUUCAAAUGCGGCAAGAUCAGGCUCGCACGGCAGAUAUUUGAGGAAUUGCUCGAAAAAGAAAGGGAUAUUGUUGUUUGGGGGGCAAUGAUUGCAGGUUUUGCACAUAAUAGGCUGCGGAGAGAAGCAUUGGAGUAUCUGAGAUGGAUGACAAGACAUGGGAUAAAACCCAAUUCUGUUUUGCUAACAAUAAUUCUCCCAGUGAUUGGAGAGCUGUCGGCAUGGAUAUUGGGCCGGGAGGUUCACGGGUAUGUGAUCAAGACGAAGAGCUAUGCAAAACAGCUGUUCAUCCAAUCUGCAUUGAUUGAUAUGUAUUGCAAGUGUGGGGACAUGGGUUCAGGGAGGCGGGUCUUUUACUGUUCGAUGGAGAGGAAUGCAGUUUCUUGGACUGCACUCAUGUCAGGGUACGCCUCAAAUGGGAGGCUUGAGCAGGCUUUGAGAUCGAUUGUAUGGAUGCAACAAGAAGGGAUUAAGCCCGACGUUGUGUCAAUUGCUACCGUCCUCCCAGUUUGUGGCGAACUGAGGGCUCUGAAACAUGGAAAGGAGAUACAUGGAUAUGCAGUGAAAAAUAGGUUUCUACCUAAUGUAUCUAUAGUUACUUCAUUGAUGAUUAUGUACUCAAAAUGUGGAAGAUUAGAGUACUCUCGCAAGUUGUUUGAUGGCAUGGAGAAGAGGAAUGUGAUCUCUUGGACUGCCAUGAUUGAUUCCUACUUGAAGAAUGGGUGUCCAUAUGAUGCAUUGGGGGUGUUUAGAUCAAUGCAGCUCUCGAAGCAUAGACCGGAUUCUGUUGCCAUGGCAAGAAUGCUAGCCGUCUCUGGUGAAUUGUCAUCUUUGAAGCUUGGGAAGGAGAUACAUGGGCAGAUCUUGAAGAAGGAUCUAGGGUCAGUCCCCUUUGUCUCUGCAGCUAUCAUUAACAUGUAUGGGAGGUGUGGAGAGAUUGACAAGGCGAAGUUUGUGUUCAAUGCAGUUCCAUCCAAGGGAUCAAUGACUUGGACCGCGAUCAUAGAAGCUUAUGGUUAUAAUGAUCUCUAUAGGGAUGCACUUGAUCACUUUAACCGGAUGAAAAUGGAUGGUUUCAAUCCAAACCAUUUCACUUUCGAUGUGGUUUUAUCCAUUUGUAGCAGAGCUGGAUUUGAUGAUGAGGCUCUCAAGAUAUUUUACUCCAUGGGCCAGAGAUACAAUAUCAAGGCUUCUGAAAAGCAUUACUCUUGCAUCAUUGAUCUCCUUACUCGUGUCGGGCGUAUCAAUGAAGCACAAAAGUUCAUCCAUAUGAAAUCAACCAUGGUUUGAUUGUAUUGCAGUAGCCAAAGAUGCACAUUGGUGUGCAUUUGGCGAGGAAUCUCCAUGAUGUUUUCGAGAAGGUUGGAGGGUUGCAUAUCCUCUGAUACUGGUCGUUAAGCAGGCGAAUUCUCUAAAGACUGAGUUUUAGUCCGUAACAGGAUAAUUUCAAUUACCGUGUAUAGAUUCUCACAACUGUGUAAUACCAUUCCAUUUUCUAGCCUAAUAAACCACUUAUAACAAUUCCCUGCAUUCAAAUCUGGUUUUCCCUGUCACGGUCAUGGUGGCAGUGAGAUUUUAGAUGUGGGUUAACAAAUUUGGAAUUUACAAUUUGAAUCUUAUUCUGUUUUAUGUACAAGGACCUCCCAUGAUGUUUUUUUAUUUCAUUCACAGCCUCAGUAAACCUUCUGUAUCUCAUGGUUUUUUAUGCAUGUUUGGAUUAAGUGUAUUAAACUUCAGAAGAGCAGCGGCUGAAUGGAGAUGGUGAAUCAUUAUCUACA